AUGGACACCGUGGCCGGACUCUGGGUCGGCCCGUGCGAGGUCGACAAGUUCUUCGAGCUAACAAUGCCCCUCGGUACGGAGACGCAAGAGAACCUCCCUGGAAUUAAGCCAGACUUCUUUGCUGGACUCAAGCCAACCAAGGAAAGCGAUUUAUAUCCAAGGCUUGUAAGUUACUUUCCUUAUAACGAGAAUUUCCCUGAAAUCAAGCUAGUCGACACCUCAGCCCACCCUGAUCCGGAUUCCAAACCUGGCGCCAAAGUCAGGCCAGAUGUCUCCGGAUACGAUAACAACCUUGAGAUUGACGAAAACCCCCCUACACGACUCGGAGAUGCCCAAUUUGGUGUCGAGGUCAAGGACACUCAAGUCGAGCCCUUUCAUGACGGCGAUAGGAACCUCGAAACAAUCGACGGUGCUCCUUUCGAAACUAGCACGGACAUAGGAAAGCGGACUCGCGGUCAACUAGUCACAUAUGCGGUCGAAUUUUGCGGUCGCCAACAUCGAACCCAUCUCUUCCUCGUAUACAUUUACUUCCCCUUCGCACGCUUCAUACGGUUUGAUCGAUCUGGCGCCCUCGUCUCAAAACGUUUCAAUUUUACCAAGGAUUGUACUCCGCUGAUUCGCUUCUUCCAUCGGUUCUCGAAGAUGACCCUCGCUGAGAGGGGAUACGACCCAACUGUGCGCGUAGCCAGCAAGAAGGAGUACGCUUAUGCUCGUGCUCUUCUUAACGAUUGGGCCCCGCAACACGAACGUCCUGUCUUCAAGAUGGAUGUUUACGACAGCAAAACAAAUCGCAUCCGCCAGUUUCUUGUUUGGGGUUCCCUGGCUGAUCCAGAGUCUCCGCUAGGCCGAGCGACCCGCGGUUAUCCAGCGGUCGAAGUGACGAACGGGUUGCUUCCAGGCGCUCAACCAAUGUUUCUCAAGGAGCAAUGGCAUUCGACGGCUCUUGGUCAAGAAAUUGAUACUCUCCGAGAACUGAACAAGGAAGGAGUUCCUUACGUCCCGACGCUCGUAUGCGGAGGAGACCUUCCUGGUCAGACAACGAGGACGCAGGACUACGUCAGUGAGAUCGAGAGAAGAGGAGACAAGCACAUUGAGUGUCGUGUGCACGUCCGCUUCGUGGUCUCAGAAGUUGGCUUCCCCAUCGAGCGCUUCUCCUCGUCCAAGCAGCUUUUUCAAGUGGUGUAUCACGCAUUCCAAGCGCACAAGGUGGCGUACACGAAGUGUCAGCUGCUCCAUCGUGAUGUCAGCGGCGGGAACAUUUUGAUCCAAAGGAAUGGCGACGGCUUAUUGAGCGACUGGGAUAUGGCGGUGAAAGAGGCGGAUAUCCAAAAUGGACCCAGAGCCCACGAGCGAACUGGAACUUGGGCCUUCAUGUCCAUUGCUUUGUUACAAGCAACAGGGCGUCGUCAUACCGUUAGCGACGACCUGGAAUCCUUUUUCUGGGUAGUGCUGUACUACAGCCUCGUCUACCUGACACACAACAAAGUAAAGAGAUUGCCAAGAAUCAUCAAAAACAUUUUCGAGCAGUGCGAAGAGGAUGAAGAUGAGGAAGAUGAGGAGGCCGUGACAGGAGGGAAAGGUAAACGGAAUGUCGUGUUCCAUGGAGACUAUAUUGGCCACGGGAUAAAGCAACCACUGGAGUUUACGCAAAGCGUGCCGGUUACACGCUUCGUGGCGAAUAUGCUUCAUUUGCUUGGUGAGCGAGCGAAGAGGCUCCCUACUAUUGGCGAAGACUCCGAGAACGAUUCAAAAACUCUGUUGGGGUAUAAGGAUGUGGAGCAUAUCUGGGAAGCCACUCUUAGUUCUUCCUCCUGGCCGACGAACGACAAAGCGAGAAACCAACUCUCGAAGAAGAGGGGAGCCUCUGGUAUGGAGGACGAUAGUGAUGAAAGAAAAAUCAAGAAAGUGAAGACAUGCCGCAUUUGA